CCAAAAAGGACAAAAGUACUACAAAAUACCACCGGGAGGUGGCACUAAUGUUGGAGGGACAGUUUCAAAACCAACGAAGAAGCUGUCUAGGUAUGCGUAGUAGAAAUCUACGUUAGCGUGAGCCUAACGCUGAGGACCUGAUCAAAAAGGCCUUCUUUGAUCACCUGUCCAGGUCGGACAGAAUUGCGUGUUUCUGCGUGGUUGAGUCCGUCACCUCGCAAAGAUGGAUUUCCAGCAUCGAGCAGGAGGAAAGACUGGGAGUGGUGGGGUGGCGUCUGCCUCUGAGAGUAACCGGGACAGACGCGAGCGCUUACGCCAGCUGGCCCUGGAGACCAUUGACAUCAACAAAGAUCCGUAUUUUAUGAAGAAUCAUUUAGGAUCAUAUGAAUGCAAGCUUUGUCUGACACUUCAUAACAAUGAGGGCAGCUACUUGGCUCACACACAAGGAAAGAAACAUCAGACUAACUUAGCACGGAGAGUUGCUAAAGAGGCAAAAGAAGCUCCUGCUCAACCAGCUCCAGCAAAAGUCAAAGUUGAGGUCAAGAAGUUUGUCAAAAUUGGUCGACCGGGUUACAAAGUAACCAAACAAAGGGACCCAGAGACCGGGCAGCAGUCUUUACUUUUCCAGAUUGAUUACCCAGAGGUUGCUGAAGGAAUUGGACCCAGGCAUCGUUUCAUGUCUGCUUAUGAACAGCGUAUUGAGCCCCCGGACCGUCGCUGGCAGUACCUGCUGCUGGCUGCAGAGCCAUAUGAGACCAUUGCUUUCAAGGUUCCCAGCAGAGAAAUUGAUAAAGCAGAAAACCGAUUCUGGACCCACUGGAACAGAGAAACUAAACAGUUCUUCCUGCAGUUUCACUUCAAAAUGGAGAAAACUCUUCUUCAGUCAAGUGGUCCAGUUCCUCCUUCAGCUGUGAAGCGCCCACCUCCUCUCAUGAGUGGAGUUGGACCUCGCCCACCAAAUGACAGUCUGCCCCCUCCCCCACCAGGCGGGAUGUCUGUUCCCCCUCUCCCGCCUGGUGCACCAGGUGCUCCCCAAAUGCCCCAUCAGAUGCCCAUGCCCCCUAUGCCAAUGAGGCCACCGCCCCCCGAAGUCCUUUCAAUGUCUAAUUGAUCUAUUUCACUGAUUCCGUACUAGUGGAUUCUGGAUUUGAUUAGUUUGGUCUACAGUGUCCAUGCCAUUUUUUGAUAUUGUGUCUAGGAUCAGUCAUCAUUUGAGGUUUCCCCAUUUUGAAGAUUUUAUACAUUACUUUGAUUUCUGUAAAAGUGCAGGACCCAUAAAUAGGAUCACACUGUUUUAUAUAUAAGCCCAGAUUUACAAUAUGGAAAUGUCUCAAUCUUUAAGAUUUUGUUUUUGUAAUUAAAUGCGGUGGAGAGAAAAAAA